AUGGGGCCCUGCAGCAGCCCAGGCCUGGGGCUGGCGGGGGCAGGGUCGCCCUCCCAGCCCGCCAAGAGGAGGAAGAAGCGGUACCUGCGGCAUGACAAGCCUCCCUACACCUACCUGGCUAUGAUCGCCCUAGUGAUCCAGGCCGCACCUUCCCGCAGGCUGAAGCUGGCCCAGAUCAUCCGCCAGGUGCAGGCCGUGUUCCCCUUCUUCAGGGACGACUACGAGGGCUGGAAGGACUCCAUCCGUCACAACCUCUCCUCCAACCGCUGCUUCCGCAAGGUACCCAAGGACCCUGCGAAGCCCAAGGCCAAGGGCAACUUCUGGGCGGUGGACGUGAGCCUGAUCCCCGCCGAGGCGCUGCGGCUGCAGAACACAGCGCUGUGCCGGCGCUGGCAGGGCAGGGGCGCGCGGGGAGCCUUCGCCAAGGACCUGGGCCCCUACGUGCUGCACGGCCGGCCCUACCGGCCGCCCAGGCCGCCCCGGGCCCCCAGCCCCCCGCGGCCACCCAGCGAGGGCUUCAGCAUCAAGUCCCUGCUGGGGGACCCCGGGGAGGGCGCGCCCCCAAGGCAGGAGGAGGGGGAGCCCUCUGAGCGGCCGAGGUGGCCCCCCGGCCGGCUCCCGGGGGUCCUGAGGCCGGAGGGGGAGCCUUCCCAGGGGAGAGCCAGCGGGCCGCCGCCCCUCCGCCCUGAGCCCAGGGCCUGGCCUCUCCACUUCCUGCAGGGCACCUCCGACACCGGGGCUCACGGGGCUUCGCUUUGGGGGCAGCUCCCCACCUCCUACCUGCCCAUAUACACCCCCAACGUGGUGGUGCCCUUGGCACCGCUCCCACCCGCCUCCUGCCCCCAGUGCCCGCCCCCAUCCAGCCCAGCCUACUGGGGGGUGGCCCCCAAAACCCACGGCCCCCAGGGGCUGCUCUGGGAUCUAGACGCCCUGUUCCAGGGGGUGCCACCCAACAAGAGCAUCUACGAUGUGUGGGUCAGCCAUCCCAGAGAGCUGGCUGCCCCCACGCCAGGCUGGCUGCUCUCCUGGUGCAGCCUGUGA